UAAGUGUAAAAAUACACAUGGGACAAAAAAUACACGUAGGACAAAGUUAAAACAAAUAACCCUAAUUCCUAAAUUUCCCAAUUGUCAUACCAUCUUUGAGAUCAUUCACCAUUUUCGUCUUCCUCAUCGCAGCCGAAGGCUCACCUAGCAUCCACAGAGUGCCUCGCAACCGUAGCUCUCCUCUCAGACGUGACGCGUAACUCCUUGAAGGUAUGAUUCUAUAGGUGGCUUGGCUUUGUUCUUAUGUAACUUUUUCUUCAAUUCCACGAUCUGGCGAGGUCAAUUUCAAGGACGGACUCGUUACCAACUCUGAUUUUCUUUCGGUGUGCCCUUGAAAACUUCAAUUUCAUACUUUUUAGAAUCUAUAAAAGUGAAAAGAGAAGAGAAUAGGAUUGAAUCGGCCUAUUAGGGUUAAGAAAAUACCAAUCAAUGUAGGAAAGGAAAUGCUUGUUGGCCUGCCCGAUAAAUCCCGGGUCAGUCCGGGUUUCCGGGUCGGACCGGGUUUUAAAACCCGAUGAACACCUCUAGCCCAAUCCGAAUGAACUAAACUUAAAAUCCCAUUUUGAGCCGGCCCAUUCUUUUGCAUAAAUCUAAGCCCAAAAUGGGCCCUUUUAAGCCCAAUUUUGUACGAGUGAAUAAAUCCAUCUAGACAGCAACGGUCAUCUCGGCGGUCAUCCAUGAGCCACAAGACGUUGCAGCUUCUAGUGAAUAAUUGCGAGCGCCUCAUCACGCUUAAGCAAAUCCAUGCCAAAGCAAUAUCUCUUGGCCUACUCCGCAAUCACCACCAAGGCUUAGCCUGCAACAUACUCAACACUUACGCCAAAGUUGGCAGCUUUCAAGACGCCCACAACCUCUUUUAUUAUCACAUUCAUCACCCAGAUAUUGUCUCUUUCACCUGUCUUAUUAAUCUCUACCUCAACUCUCGGCUUCCGGGCAGGGCCUUGUCGGUGUUUUCUCAGUUGGUUGGCAGUGGUUUAAGUCCUGAUGGCCAUUCAGCACUUGCUGCUCUGUUGGCUUGUGGGCAUGGAAGAGGUUUACUUAGCGGGAGGAUUGUUCAUGGGAUGAUUUUGAAAUUGCAGUUGGGUUUGAUUCCGUUUGUCGGGAAUGGUUUGAUUGAUAUGUAUAGCAGGAAUGGAGAAGUUGGGAUGGCUGAAUUGGUGUUUAGGCAUAUGGAGAACAAAGAUAUUGGUUCGUGGAACAGUUUGCUUAAUGGGUUUGUUCUGUGCGAUGGUUUAGAGUCGGCUCGUCUUGUGUUUGAUGGAAUGCCGCUGAGGAAUUCAAUAACUUGGAAUGCAAUGAUAAGUGGUUAUGCCCGUAGCAAGCAUCCAAUGCGGGCAUUUGAACUUUUUAAACGAAUGAAAGCUGAAGCUGUAGAAUCAUCAGCCAUCACAAUAGUUGCUGUGCUUUCAGCUUGUGCUAGUACUGGGGCUCUUUAUCAUGGUCAGGCUAUUCAUGGUUUAUUGAACAAAAUCGAUACGGAUAAGAAUGUCACUGUGAACAAUGCUCUGAUGGAUAUGUACUCAAAAGGGGGAAGUCUUGACUUGGCUGUAAAGGUAUUCAAUGCAAUGGUGAAGAAGGAUGCAUAUUCAUGGACCACAAUGAUAUGCGGAUAUGCAAUUUAUGGGAGUGGAAACAGGGCUCUCGAGGUUUUCUCUAACAUGUUAGAAUCAAGGGUCGACCCAAAUGAGGUGACAUUUUUAUCACUUCUAAUGGCUUGUAGCCAUGCAGGACUGUUUGCUGAGGGGCUGAGAUUGUUUAAGAUAAUGAUUAAAUCCUAUGGUUUUAAGCCCAAAAUUGAGCAUUAUGGAAGCGUGGUAGAUCUUUUUGGCCGAGCUGGGCUUUUAGAAGAAGCAAAAGAGUUUAUUGAAAGCAUGCCUAUCAACCCAGAUGCUGUUAUUUGGAGAACUCUGCUCAGUUCCUGCCUAGUCCAUGGAAACUUGAAGUUGGCAGAAAUGGCUGGUACGAAGAUAUUAGAACUUGAUCCGGAUGAUGAUGGGGUGUAUAUGCUCCUAUGGAAUUUUAAUUAUGCUUCGAAUAGGUUGCAGGAUGCACUAAAGAGAAGGACAAUGAUGAGAGAUAGAAAAGUAAAAAAACAACCAGGAUGUAGUUGGGUUGAAGUGAAUGGUAUUGUUGAAGAAUUCUUUGCAGAAGAAAAAGUGCAUCAUGUUUUCGGAAAAAUUCACUCGACUCUAAAGGGAAUCGCUAGGAAUUUGAAGUUGGAUUCCGAAGUCUUAUAUCUGGAACUACAAUAAUUUGUGUUUAUUCAUGUAACUAUGGCAAUUGGAAUUGGGUAUAAAAAUAUUUGAGAAUUAGAUAAGCAUGCAUUUUUCUCGGAUAGCAUGCAUUUCUGGUUCUUCUGUAUCAUUCCAUUUUUGGUGCCAGAAAUAUAGAUUCCCGCAACUUGAUUUAGUUGUAAAAAGAAGACAUGGAAACGAAACAGACUUUGAGAUCUUCUAAAAGGGUUAUCUUUAGAAAAUACUGCGAAAUCUGAGGAAAGGUGUUUAUCAGUAAAGUAACAGCCAGCUGAAAAGGGCUACCUAGCCAGGCUCCGCUUGCUGUUGUUCUCUGAGAGGACUUGGUUCUUCAAGUUCCACCCAACAUAUACUAGGUACUGCUCCUAGCCUUUGGAUAGAAGUGGUUAUCAGUUACUGCAAACUUGCGGACUUUUCUUUCCUCAGCUAUUAGGAAUAUAUUGGUGAGCCACCUAUAUAAAUGCUUUGUGCUUUGUCAACAAUAUCAGUGCCAGCAAAGAAGCUUUGAUUGGGAUGAUGAAGUUUACUGUGAUAGCUCCUUGUAAAUGGGAGAGGUAGCAAAUCCGACUCCCACCCAGUAGUUUCGCCAAAAGCCCAUGGAAGGUUCUGAGGAGUUAAUUCUCCUUUGCGGGCUUCGGCCUCGUUCCUACAUGGGUUUCGACCCAGUCUUACCUGUUGUCAUGGAGCAUGCUGGGUUGGCGGCCCAAGUUUAGCUGGCCCAGCUGUACCAAAAAACAAUAUGACUGUCUAUAGACGUUGAAAUAAAUGCUUUGCCACAUAUAGUAUUGAGAAUGUCAAG